AUAAAAAAAAUUUUACCAUUUAAAUAAACAUCUAUUUUUUAAUAAACAAUUAAAAAAAGUUUUUUAUAUGUGAAAAUCUAAAAAAAUAGUUUGCACUAAAGGUGCACAAGUAAUGUUGGGAGCUAUUUGGCCGGGAAUCUUGCAAGUAAUCUUCUAAAUCCUCAAUUCAUCCGUUUAUGUCCAACAGUUUUUAGUAUCUAUCCAGAAUUCAAGAUUCAUGGACCCUCCCAAUUCCCAAAAUGCCCAGCCUGGCGGCGGCCGGAUCAAACUCAACGUCGGCGGCAAGCUCUUCGAGACCACCAUCUCAACGCUAGAGUCCGGCGGUCCGGACUCUCUUUUAUUUGCCUUAUCCAAUCGGCCUUAUCAUGACCCGGUCUUCAUCGACCGUGACCCGGAAAUCUUCUCCGCCCUUCUCUCCCUCCUCCGGACCAACCGCCUCCCCUCCACCGCGAGACGGUUCUCCAACCAGGAGCUCAUUGACGAGGCCGCCUAUUACGGCAUCGAAACGCAACUCCAAUCGGCUCUGGCUCCGAUCCGGCUAAGCGGCAUCGAUGCCUCGCUGUUCACCACCAUAAGACCUUCCACGGACGGAAUCGUGUCCGACUUCAACGCCAUUGAUUCCGAUGGAUCGGUUUGGGUCGCUCACGGCGGUCAGAUCUCGAUCUUCGAUUGGAGUUUGAGUCACUCGGGAACUGUACGGACGCAUCUGGACUAUAUCAGCUCCAUUCGUAUGGUUCGCCCGGAUAUCGCUGCAAUCGGGUCGGAAUUCGAUUCAGGACUUCAUUUCUAUAGCUUGGCGAACGGGCGCCGGAUCGGGUCGACUGAGUGGAGUGACCCGUCUGACCCGAGAAUUUACAAGGGUCGGGUCAACGCCAUAGCCGACUGUGCUGACUCUGUUUACGCUUCCUUUGAGGUCAACCACAAAGAGAAUUGCAUCCUCGCGGUCGACAAGUCCACUAUGAAAGUCACUUCGGAGCUGGGAAGGCAAUCAGGAAACUCGGCCAAAACGGCCGUCAUCGGAAAGAUGACAUUCGUACCGGAGAUCGGUGUUUUAGUCGGAAGUUCCAUAUCUGCCAGUGGGUUCGGAUAUUCCGGAUAUGUCCGGUUAUGGGACCCGAGAUCGGGACAGGUUGUUUGGGAGACCAACGAACCGGGUUCGGGGCGCAGCAGCAGAUUUGGCGACCCAUUUGCCGACGUGGGUGUGGACCCAGACGAUCUAACUCUGUUCAAACUGUGCUCGAAGUCCGGCGACUUGGCUGCGGCAGACCUCCGGAAACUGACCGACGACCCGUGGGUUUAUCUGAAAGAGAAGAACCCGAGUCUGAGAUGUGCAGAAAAUGGGGGCGGGAAUGGUUUCUUGAUUCAUUGUUACAGGAAACAAGUGUUUGUGGGGAGAGGGGGAGAGCUGGAGGUAUGGUCAAGAAUGGAAGAACCGGAGAAUGGAGUUCUCUGUGAGGGAAUGUACAGGAGAAACUACGUUGAUAAAGCAGGGGAUUCGGAGAGAGGGAUAAUCAAGAAGAUUGAGGGUGGGGGAGACAGGCUUUUCGUUACAAGAGAAGAUACAGAGGGGAUUGAGGUGUGGCAAAGUUCCCAUUCUUCUGGUGCGGUAAUGGCUUCCUGAAUCAAGGCGAACUUUUGCUGAAAAUGGAUUUUGCCUUCAUCUUCAUCAUAAUCCCAGAAUAGUUUGCUGAUUGAUGGUAAUGCAGAGGAAAUUCUUUAGAGGAAUGCUAUCCCAAAUGUACACCACCACUUCUCCCCCACACAUUUUUAUUUAGGGCCUGUUUGGGAAUCACACAUUUUUAUUUAGGGCCUGUUUGGGAAUAGCGUUAGUGUUUUGAAAAGGCUAUUUACAGGCAGCGUUUAGCGUUAGCAUUUUCAAAGUAAUCUAUACCGUUAAAAUUUUAUCCAAAACGCUAACACUAAUCUCUAACGCUAUUCUCAAACAGGCCCUUGAUUUUUACGGAGUAUUACUUAUUUUUUUUUUUUGAAUUUUCUUACCUUUUUUGUGGACGAGGGAGUGAGGAACAUAUAGGCCUAUGGGGUACACAUUUGGUGUACCCCUAGCAUUUUUCAAUUGUUUAACAAGCUGGUGCUGUACUUUGGACUUUGGUCUAUUGGGUUGGGGACAGGAUUUACCUGAAAUAUCAGUUUGGGCCUUUGGGGUGAUUAGUGAUUGGUAAUGAAUGUAUAUGUAUUUAUUUUACAUUUAAUAAUGUAACGAAACUCUUUUAUAUGUUUUCCAAAAAUUAAGAAUAUUAUUAACGCUGGGGUUCUAAGUGACACCGGAGUACGGGCCGUAUUAUUAAAUAGACAAACAUAAAAAAUCAAAAAAUGAAUAGUUGAAACCCAAGUGAUGGAUAUAAUCCACUAGCACCAAUUCGGGUGGAUGACCUGAAGACUGCCCGGGGUGGAUGGCUGGAAGACCACCCGGGGUGGAUGACCUGAAGACUGCUCGGGGU